AUGGUGGCUACACCAAGCAAAGCUGGGGCAUCCGGCAGCACGAGUCGGCCCAAGAAGGCAUCUGCCAAGGCCGGGCUGGUUGGCACACCUAGCAAGCCUGCGGUUGUGGAUGAGGAUGUGGUUUUGAAGCACAGCAAGCCGUUCGGUCAGGAAGGUGACGAUGAUUCGGACGUUGAUCUUGGCGACGAGACUUUCGCGACCGCGCCAGCUAUGGAUGAGGAUGACGAGCUUAUGAUUGGAACCUCUACCGCCAAUGCCCCCACUAGCGCCACAACUACGACCGAGGAGUCGAAGCCAUCGUUCAAGCCGCUUGGCACAGCAUCUUUGACGGCAGUUGCCAAGGGGCAGCUUCGCAAGAUCCCCAUCCCUCCUCACCGCUUGACGCCACUCAAGAACGAGUGGCACAAGAUCUACACCCCCCUGGUCGAAAUGGCCUCGCUCCAAGUGAGGAUGAACGUCGGAAAGAAGUGCGUCGAACUCAAGUCUUCACGUUACACAACCGAACAAGGCAUGCUUCAAAAAGGUGCCGACUUCGUCAAAGCCUUUGCACUUGGCUUCGACGCCGACGAUGCAAUUGCCCUGCUGAGGAUGGACGAUCUGUUCAUCGAUACGUUUGAAAUCAAAGACGUCAAAACCCUCCAAGGCGAUAACCUCUCGCGAGCCAUCGGACGAAUCGCAGGCAAGGAUGGUAGGACAAGGUUCGCCAUCGAAAACGCCUCGAGGACACGACUCGUCAUCGCAGAUACAAAGAUCCACAUCCUCGGCAACUUUGCCAACAUCAAGAUCGCCAGGGAUGCCGUGGUUGCGCUGAUCAGAGGUAGCCCGCCCGGCAAGGUGUACAGCAACCUAAAGACCAUCGGCGCUCGUCAACGUCAACGUGCCUGA